CCAUCCUGACAAUCAUAAACGAGAUGAGGAGGAUCUUUGCAGAUAUCCCAAACUGGACAUUGGAACUAGUCCCUCGUUUAUCGAGCCUUUGCUUGGAAUCUAUCGCAAACCAUUUUGAAGAAAACCCCAUAUUUGAAAAACUCCCACCGACCGAGAAGAACCUCCUCCUGGAGAAACUGUCCCCAUCCCUUCCGUUGCAUGUGACCUCUGACCUGCCUGAUGCCGUCUACUGGAAGCGCUGCUGCGAGCAGCGGUGGGAUCUGUGUGACGUCUCUCUUUACGACAACAGCUGGAAACGGAUGUUAUUCGAGAGGCACAUGGAGAACAUCAUUGAAAAUUUCAUCCCAAAUGUUUCAGAGCCAAAGACAGUUCUAGAGAUGGUCCCGCUUUGUAAAAACUAUGUGAAGAGGCUGGACAUCAAGCAGCUUCUGCCCCCUAACAAGGAGCCACAAAGAGGGAUGCAGAAGGAGGAUGCAGAGGAAGACGAUUUUGAAAACACUCGCAAUAACCGCUUUGACUUCAGCAUUUUGCUUGACAAGAUGACAAACCUAGAGGAGCUACAUUUGGUGUAUAAAGUCAUAAAUUGUGGUAUGGACUUUGAGUGGAGUAUGUUUGAGAUUACUGACAGGGAGUGUGAAUUCCUCGGCACAGCUCUUAAGUCCUGUAAGACCCUGAAGCUUUUCAGGCUGUAUCAAAGCCACGUUGAUGACACGAAGUGUGAACUGCUUGUGAAACACCUCCUGGACCAUCCCUCCCUGAGGGAGCUCGACUUCUCUCACAAUCAAAUCGGAGACAGUGGAGCCAAAGCCAUCAGCAAACUGCUCCCCAGAAGUAAACUGGAGACCCUCAAGAUGUGGAACAAUCAAAUUGGCAGCUCAGGAGCCAAAGCCAUAGCUCGUGCUUUGUCCAAGAGCUCCACCCUCUUGUCCCUCAACCUGCGUCUCAACAGGGUGAUGGAUGAAGGGGGCCUGGCCCUUGGCAAGGCCCUGCUGACCAACACAAGUCUGUGUCACCUGGACCUGGGAGGCAACAAUGUGACUGGGCUCACCGCGUUUGCACUAUCUGAAGUGCUAGUAGAGAAUAAAACUCUGAGGAAGCUCAAUCUGUCGUGCAACGUGCUUGGUGAGGUUGGAGGGAAAGCUUUGGCUGAAGCGAUGUCUCAGAACACCAGCGUGACAGAGUGCGACAUCCGCCUGACUGAAGUUGAUGAGCAGAGCGCUUCCUGCAUUGAAGAGGCGGUGCGCACCAACCACUUUUCUGAAUACAAGAGUAGACGUCGACAGCCCCUUAUAUCAACACACCUUCAAUGGUAAAUGGACACGAUUUAGCUGUCUAAAAAAGGAAAAACAACAAUGUUCUUGAAGUUGUUCUUCAUUUCUACGGGAACAGAGUUCCUAAUGGGAUUUUCAGUUUGUUGAAAUUAUUUUGUGUAGUAACACUGUAUCUCAAACCAGAGUAUGAAAGAAAAUUGCAACUAAACGGGUGAAAGCUUCAGGAAAAACAACAAUGUUCUUUAAGUUGUUCUUCAUUUCUAUGGGAACAGGGUUCCUAAUGGGAUUUUCAGUUUGUCGAAAUGAUUUUGUGCUUUAAUAAAUUAUUAAAAAAAGAUUUCCAAAUAACCUUUUGUAAAAACUUUUUGACUUCAACAUGUCUGCAAAUGAGAGAAGGAUUUUGAACCCAGUUUCAUUCAGUGUUCUUAAUCCAAUUUCUGUCAUACAAAUGACCAUAGAUUUGGUUAUAUAUAACUUGAUUUAUGUAUUGAUACAUGUUAAUGUGGACACAUUUUUUGGUAUCCUUCCAUAAAAAAACCAAACCUAAAUGGUCACUGAAAUAAUAAUUUACGGAAUAUUGACACAUGAAAAUCAGAAACUGCUUUUGAAUUGUC